AAAAAAGUCCUGAAGUGCCAAAGUAGGAGAUCUGACUGAAAAACCUCAACCCCAACAUAAAGUCUCAAGCUCUUCUCCUCGCCUUCCCUUUCCCCCCUUGAACCAACCAUCAAUGUCCGACCGAAGCUCCGCCGCUGGCGACGGCGAUCCUAAGGACGACUCCAUCGCCAAGACUGCCGGCUUAGUGGUGUUCUCCGGCAUCGCUAUGAGCAUUCUCAAAGCUCUAAACCCUUUUAACAAAAGCGGAAAUGAAGAAACUCCUCCACUCUCCGAGUCAACUCAGCCCAUUCAGCCUCCAUCGCAGCCGCCUCUCCCUUCCCAGCAACAGCAACCCAUCACUGCCGAGGAACCACACCCUCCUCUUCCGAAAUCCAUUACCAGCAAGGACCAAAAUGCACGGGAGACGCCGAAGUCAUCGCAUAAAACGAUAGAGAUCGAGAAAGGAGACACUCUUUGGGGACUCUCUAGAGAACAUGGGGUAUCCAUUGAUGCGAUCAAAGAGGCGAACGGUCUUACAGGAGACACGAUCUAUGCUGGCAAGAAGCUUAUCAUUCCAUGAACACAUAUGGUCCCUGUCGUCCUAUAAACUGGUUUGGAGAAAUGUUAGGCAAUCAAAUGCAGUCGCUUUUGCCUCCCUUACAUCCUUUGUAGUUUCAAGAAAGGUUGGCAAUCAAAUGCAGUCGCUUUUGUCUGCCUUCAUCCUUUGGAGUUUUGAAUCGUAUUUCUUUGGAUUUUUGAUAUGGGGUGGUGUAAGCUAGUUACGAGACAAUUUUAUCAGAAAUCUUUACUUUGAUCCUGUGAAUUCUCUGGAUUCAAUUUGUUCCGUUUGUUUCAUUACCUGAAGUUGAGAAGUAAAUUUAUACUU